UUCACCCCCAAGCCAGCCAUGUCCGCCGCAGCUGCCACGGGUCGCAAAAAGUCAGUCAUCUCCACCGUAGGCCUCCAAAUCGACACACCCGUUGCCCACAAUACCUUCCUCAACAAAUCCGCCGCCUCCUCGACAUCCCUCUACCAACAAUGCUCCCAACUCCGUUCCCGCCUCCUGCGUAUUCAGACUUUCCCUGCCUACUUUGCAAUCAGUUCAGGCUCGGAGAGCCGCACAUCCGUUGACCCCGUCACCCAACUCUGGGACUGCUUCGCACUCGGCGUGCCCUUGUGCUUUUUACAUAACCUCCUCCCAAAUGUCACUCCAAUCACCAUUGUCGACACGGACCCGGCGUCCAUCGACCCGGAGAAUAGCAAGGCUGCGAAGAAGGCUAUUGUCCACUUUGCUAUGGCUAUCGGCGGUAUCCCCGACUUAUACGAUUCGACAGAGCAGUUCACUGCUACCCAAUUACUGGAUCGGAGCACGACAGAGGGUUUCGUCAAGGUCGUGAACUGCGUUACUCGCCUCGUUGACCGUUUGCCAGAUGAUUGCUUCCAGGAGGCACCGCCAUCAUCACCCCCUUCGUUGCUUCCGUCGCACGAAUCGACCGACUCACUAAUCAAUCCCGACUCGCCAAUGCAAUCUACUCCAGUAAAUGCUCAGGAAACUGCUCGUAACAACAUCAUACGUGAGAUUGUGGAGACGGAACGUAAAUAUGUGCAGGAUCUGGAGCAUAUGCAGAAAUAUGCCAACGCGCUUAAUUCGAGCAGUGCUAUCGACCAGGAUACAAUCCAUCUCCUGUUUCCUGGUCUAAGCAAACUGCUUGACUUUCAGCGACGCUUCCUGAUUAAGCUCGAGGGCGUGGCAGAGUUGCCAUGGAAAGAACAACGCUGGGGACUUCACUUCAUUGAGAAUGAAGCCGAAUUUUCCGUUUAUGAGCCGUAUUGUGCCAACUACUCGGAGGCGAUGGACAUCCUACUGACGGUUGAGUCAAAUCUCAUGACUGUGAACCUCAUCAACGCCAAGUCGGAGCUGCCAGCUUUCCUCAUCAAGCCUAUCCAACGUAUCUGCAAGUACCCUCUUUUACUCGAGUCCCUCCUUAAAGCGGCCGCCAACUCCGAUUAUCCCCACUAUGACGAGCUUCAAAAGGGCCUGGAAUCGGCUAAGCGAGUUACAGACAGAAUUAACGAAGCUCAGCGACGAUCAGAAAAUUUGCAGACGGUCGCAAGUCUCGAAGCACGCGUGGAGGACUGGAAGGGCCACCAUCUUUCUAAUUUUGGCGAGCUUAUCCUGGAAGACAUAUUCAUGGUCAUGAAGAUGGAUAUCGACCGCGAAUACCACGUCUUUCUCUUCGAGAAAAUCAUCCUCUGUUGUAAGGAAGUACUCCCAACAGCGAAUGGAGGCACUAUCCGGAAGAGCAGCAAAAGUAAUUCCAUACUCAAGAAGCAGAUGGCAUCUUCACCCGGCGGGAUGAGUGCAUCCAAGAAGAAAUCUACACCGCUUUUGUUGAAGGGCCGUAUCUUUUUGAACAAUGUAACGCAUACGCGCCGCAGCAUCACACCUGGUCCUUCAGGUCCCCAAUACUCGCUUCAGGUGUGGUGGCGAGGCGAUGAUGAUAACGAAUACUUCACUCUGAGAUGCCGUUCGGAAGAGCAGCUUAGCAAAUGGGAAAAUGCCAUUAAUGCCCUGAUUGAGAAGACACUGGCGCGCAGAGGGGCGGAGUCGCAGCGGACCGUGCAGGCUAACAGUACAAACCCUUCGCAUUUGCGUCAAUUGGACGUGGCUCGCAAAUUGUCGUCAACUGCAAGUGCAAACUACAGUAUGAUGUCUCCGAUCUCGGGUCCUUCAUCUGCAACGCGGCGUUAUCCUCCCACAGCGUUUGACUAUGAUGACUAUCGGAGUCGUGACAGUGGCAUGACGAAUGGUACUUAUUAUUCUAACAGCAACGGAGCAGGUCCCAGCGGUUAUCCUCAGGACAUUGAUUACGAAUACGGUGAAGAUUACGAUGAUUACCAGACCAGCUCUCAGUAUGCUUCAUCUUCUGGUCGUGGAACUCCUGUCGGGACACGUCGUGGCAACGUUUCCCAGAGUAUGGUGCAAGAACGUGAAUUUAAUGGGGCAUAUGACCGACCUCGGGCUCGCACAGAAGAUCAGAACGGUGCUACAUUACGGGCAUGGCGGAAGAACGGUCAGCCGAUGCCACCACCCCCUCCUCCGCCCGUCGGUGCUCUACCCAACCCGCUCCUACAUGGCAGACCACCUGGUCCAUCUCGGAUGACGUCAGAUGGAUCAGACAUGAGUUUUGGUCCGGGCGUGAACACUCGGCCACAGCCGACUCUUCGAAGCAAGUUCAGUUCUAACAGGCUAAAUUCGACGUAUGAGAACGAAAGCGAACGCGCUGUAUCUCCGCUUACUCGCGCCCCUUCGAGGCCGCCUAUGCGCUCACGCAGUGCUAGCCAACCGAGUGCAUACAAUCCGCCUCCUCCGUCCCAGCCCCCGCCCUUGCCCAAAUCGAACUGGAUGGAGAUCUCAAAGGGUUCGGCAGCAAAUUCGGGAGCGAGUAGCAAGAGAGGAAGCGGCUCGAGUGAAUCGACUGGGGAGAGUUCAGAUUAUUCUCCCCAUAGUGCGUCGCCGAUCACUCCGUUUGGGUCCAGCGACUCUUCGCUUCCCGGAUCAACCUUGCGCCCAUCACGUUCGCAAGUGCAUCUCCAAAAGACCUCGGCUUUAGGUCCACAGUUGAGCUUUUCACCGUUGGUAAAGGUGAAGGUGCACUUCUUGGAGGACAUUUUCGUAAUUCAAGUUCCGAGAACGACUGAAUACGAAGAACUGGUGGAGAAGGUCGGCAAGAAGAUCAGGUUGUGUGGGCCGCGGAGGGACGAUGGACCUCUCAAAGUCAAGUAUGUUGACGAAGAGGGUGAUUUGGUCUCGCUAGGAUCUACGGAGGAUGUCCAAAUGGCGUUCGAGACCAUGCAGUCUGGAAACCAAGUGACGCUCUAUGUCUCAUGAAAACUUCUUUUCGUCUCUUCGUAUGCGUUCCCUUCUCGGCAUUAUCUGUCGCAUUCCUAGUCAUUUCAUCUCCUAACCAAAGUUUUCAACACAACAUCAAUCUCACUGGCUUUACAACUUGCGCUUUUUUUUAACAUCUGGAGGACCUCCUCUGGUCCAUGGUAUUCUAAUUCGUUUUCAAAGGUACAAUAGUCAUCUAUCUUUUUCUGUGGUCUCAUGCGGUACUUUGGUUGUCAACGGUCUGCUGGGUUUCCACUUUUUCCCCUUUCUCUUCUUUUCUUUCUUUUCGUACUGUCUAGUUACCCCGGAUUU